GUGAGCUGGGAAUUUCUGGUUUGAAUAACGAUCAAAUGCAAUUUUUUCUUAUCGUUAUCAAUAUUCAGUGAGGAACAAAGUAAUAUCCGGUAAUAUUAAAUUAUAUCUGUGACAGGAUGUCUAAGCCUAAAGUUUUAAUAUUAGGAGGUUGUGGUUUUAUUGGCCGCAACUUGAUCGUCUAUUUAGUCAAAAAUGAUCUCGUUAGUGCAAUAAGAAUUGUUGAUAAAGUACCACCACAAGUUGCCUGGUUAAACGAUGUACAUGGGGAUGCAUUCAAAAAUGAAAUUGUUGAAUUUAAGAGUGCUAAUUUAAUAAAUAUAGAAUCUUGUAAAAGUGCUUUCAGUUCUUCUGAUGAUACUGUAUGGGAUCUCAUUGUAAACUGUGCAGGUGAAACGAAGUCUGGUCAAACAGAUCCUGUUUACAAUGAGGGUAUUUUGAAAUUGAGCUUAAAUUGUGCCAAAGAAGCUGCCCUACAAAAAGCCAAACACUAUGUAGAACUAUCUUCUGGUAAUAUGUAUUCAUCUGAGAAGACUUUACAUAAAGAAGAUGGACCGAUUGAACCCUGGACUUUCGUAGCUAAAUGGAAAAGACAGGUUGAGAAGAAACUGACCGAAAUACCAGACUUAACUUACACCGUCCUCAGACUACCAAUAGUAUAUGGACUUGGCGAUAAAAACGGGCUUAUGCCGAGAAUAAUCGCUGCUUCUAUAUACAAACAUGUAGGGGAAACUAUGAAAUUAUUAUGGAACGCAGAUUUACGAAUCAGCACUGUCCACGUAAAUGAUGUUUGUCGGGCUAUUUGGUUUGUGGGAAAUAGAGAAGAUACAAAUGGACAGAUUUACAACGUUGUAGACGAGGCAGAUUCGACGCAAGGUUCGAUCUCCAAUGUACUAUCUGAUUUAUUUAACGUAAAAGUAGAUUAUUACGGUAAUCUGGUAUCAGCAGUAGUGGAUUUGGUAGGCGCCGCAGACGAUGCCAACGACAAACAUCUAGCUCCUUGGGCAGAAGCUUGUAGACAAGACGAUAUACAAAAUACGCCUCUAUCACCUCAUAUGGAUUCAGAAUUAUUGCUCCAUAAACAUUUAAGACUCGACGGUAACAAAUUGAAGCAAUUGGGCUUCAGUGUUUCACAACAGCAACCCACCGCUGAAAAUAUUAAAGAGAUUAUCGACGAUUUUGUAAAAAUGAAAGUUUUUCCUAGAUCGUUGGCUCCUUAAAUUCUUUUUUUUUUUUUUAAUUAUAAUCGAUAAGAUUGUAUCUAAGUAAUAAAUAUUUUUGUAUGUAUCAUGAAACGUGGCCUUAAUAAUGUUAUUCUGGCUGGGUUUCACCAAUUCCUGGUUUCCUGGACAACCAACUGAUUUUUUUUUGUUUGAAUAUAGUUUGCUUCUUUUACUUCUCAUAAAAUCCUGUUGUAAUAUUUAGCACCAGCUUUUUCAUUCUCGAUAUAUUGUCUAGAGUUUCUUUGGACUUAUAACUUGCCUCUAACUCCUAGUCAAGUUUUUGAUGAGCUCAUUUGAUACUUUCGCUCUAUACUUUCCUUUUAGUAAGUGCAAAAUAUAAUUGUAGGUGUUGUUUACAGUGGUUUCUAUAUUCCGAAAUAACUAAACUUCUUCCACUAUUAUAUCCAAAUUUAUUCAUAAAAGUUUUUAUUUCUUCUUGGUCACUUGUUAUUAAGACAAUCCAAUUAAUGCAAAAGUCUUUUUCGCCGUCAGUAGGACUCAAAGGACCCUUCUGCACGAGUAUAUUGAAUUGAUACUGUCAUUUCUGGAAUUUUUGGGUUUUCUCCUGCUUGAUCCUUCCCUAUGUUCUUAAAGUUUUCCUCUCUGUCGUCAUACGUGAUUUUUGUCUCUUCUUCCAGUCCCAUCUCUAUUAUCAAAAUUUUUUCAUUCAAUAGUCACGAUUUUUUUCUUUUUCAAAAGAAUUUUUCCACUUUUAUAUCCAAAUUUAUUCAUAAAAGUUUUUAGUUCUUCUUGUUUGUUUUUUAUUAAGACAAUCCUAUAUACAAAAGUCCUUUUCUCAGUCAGAAGAACUCAAAGUAAUCUUAUUUAAUAGUAUAUCUCUAAUAUUGUUAAUCAUUAUCCUUUCAGGAGUUUUUUUGGGUUUUUCAUUGAUUUUAUUGCUAUUUAGUGCAGUAACAUAGACAAACCGGUGCACUACUUGAUACUGUCCUAUUUAUUUUACAAUUUUACUUUAAAAUGAUCAUUAUUUUUGACUUUUCUAAAUAUUUUCCACUUUUAUAAAAGUUAUAUUUGUUCUUCUUGUUCCCUUGCAAUUAAGACAAUUCAAAGAACUUUUUACAGUCUGAAGGACUCACAAUACUCUUCUCAAGCAGUAUAUAUAUAUAUAUAUAUAUAUAUAUAUAUAUAUAUAUAUAUAUAUAUAUAUAUAUAUAUAAUUAACAUUAUCCUUCCAGGAUUUUUUUGUGGCUUUUAUUUGAUAUUCUUGUUUUUUAAUAAUUUUUUAUUGUAAACCUAAUGGGGAUGUACCCACAGAGAAGGGGAGACGAGCGAGACAAAAAAUAAUGUUCUAUAAAAAAUCUGGCAAGAUCUAGAAUCUGAUUGAAAUAUUGAAAAUUGUCUUAUAAAAAAAUGAAUCUCCCGCUAUACUGGAGGGUAGUCCACGCCCUCUAUAGGUUCCGUAGACUUAUAAUCUGACCCCCUUCCCAAAGCACGCUGCUACCUACUAAUAGGACAAUUCAAUAUACUCUUCUAUCCUUUUUGCAGUCAAACUAUUCUUCAUCGGUACACAUUGUAAUAUGAGUUAAAUCAUUAUUUUUCCAUGACUUUUCCUUAUUUUUGUUUUAUUUUUUGAUUAUAGCCUCGUUUUAUUUGUUGUUAAUAGAUCCAGGAAGACAAACUAGUACAGUACUUGGACCUACUCCGUCCCAAUAUUGCUACUAGGACAAUUCAAUAAAUUUUAUCUAACAAUAAAUGUAAAAUUUUGUAUAUGGUAUAAACUUUACCAUUUUGUGCUCUUCUUAACGUAAACUGUUAAAGAUUUUAUUAUAAACUGUGAUAAAAUGCCUUUUCGGUUUUUCCGCUCAUUAAAAUUGUAAAAUUAUUUUUAAAAGUAGAUAGAAGUUUAGCGGUGCUAUUUUUGUUUAAAAGUUCUUGUUAUGAAAAUUGCACUGUUUUCAAAUUCGGUACUUAAUUUUUUACUAUUUUUUAUGAAUCGUGAUAAUCGUUUAUUCUAUCUAUUUGUGGAAAUGAAAAAUUUAUUAAAUGUUUACACAUUGUGUAGUUACUUUAUAUGUGAUUCUAAUGUUCUAUUUACACUUUUAUAUUCAAAUAUUUUCUGUAAUAUCCACUGUUAAGAUUGAGUCUUAUCUUAUCGUUAAAUUUAACUGUAACUUUUUUCGAAACGAUGUAUGUUCUUUUCUACGAUAUUCUCGUCUCCAUAUGUAUCCAAUAUAUGUAUAUAUGUGUUUUAUUCUUAUGAUAAUAGAAAUUAAGUUUUAAAUCAUUCCCUUUAUCGCAAUCUAUUUACUCUUCAUCUUAUUAACCUGUUACUGCUUUCUAUUAAAGGAAAAACGAAAUUGUAACAUUUUAGAAGGAGGUAAUCUCAAAGGAACAUACAUCAAUACCACCUUCAGAAUCAGUAUGCUACUGUUUAAUAGUUUAUUGUACUAUUUAGAAAAGUGGAAAAACACACUUAUUUAGAUGUUUUUUGGUGUUCCAUAAGCAAUAUUGUAAGACAUCUACUAAAUUGUACCGGUCACUAAUUUUUCACUGAAUGUUCUGUCUACAAUUUACUUCCUACAUCCAAUCAUAUCAUUUUCCACGUCCAACGAUUUUUUUUUGAUAAAUAUUUUCUUCACUAGCCUCAUUAAAGAUUGUGUUUGCUAAGUAGUACUUAUCAAACUUUUCCGUUUUUAAAUAAUGAUUUCUCCAAUCUUCUAUCCAUUGCACCUCAAAUAAUUUCAUUUUUGUCGCCGAUUUCUACAUUAUCCUUCUUUUUAAAGUCUACUUCCAUCCUUUGCUCAUCCAACUAUAUUUUUUGCUCAGUGUCUUCUUUAUUAUUUCAUUUUAAUAUAUUUUCACUUUUUUCUUAUUAACUUUCCAUCUGUUGUUUGCCCUAUUGUUUCUGUCACUUUUGAAAUCCAUUUUUUCUCUUUGUUUUCCUUUUUCAAAAGUUCUAUACCUUCACUAUCCUUCUUCGAAGAUUCUUUUUUUCUAUUUACUUUAUUAUUCAUUUAUCCAAUUAUACCAUUUUGGUUAAUGGUUUCUCCACUAUCCCGUGAAUGCUGUCUCCAAUUUACUUCUACCAACCAAUCAAAUUCUGGAUGUUGUUUUCUUCGAUGUUCUUGUCCAGAGGUUCUUCUCUUUUUUUCUAUGGUUUACUUUCAUAUUUUCCACGUCUAAUAAUAUUUUCUGUCCAAUUUUUUCUCUUUCAAAACUUCUUUACUGUUUAUCUCGAGUCCACUUUCAUCUUUUGCGCAUUUAACCAUUUGUUUGCUCGAAAAUCCCUUCACCAUCUCUCUUCAAACAUUCUUUUUCCUAUUAACUUUACCAUUUUCUCUCUCCUUCAAUUUUUGCUUAACGAUUUCACCAUCAUCCUGUAAAUGCUAUCACAAAUCGACGUCUUUACUUUGAACCUCCACUCAUUUCAUAUUUAGUCGUAAAUUUCUACAUUAUCCUUCAAUCGCUCGUUCGCCGAUUCCUUCACUAUCUCUCUUUAUGGAUUCUUUUUCCUAUUUACUUCUCCAUUUACUUACCAAACCUUCCCAAUUUUGGUAAAUUAUUUAUCAAUCUUCUAAAUGUUGUCUCCAACCUACCGCUAUCCUCUCCAAUCUGCUUCUUUUUGAAGCAUUGAACCAUUUCCUUUUUGGACUAUUUUCAUCCAAAGCUUCUAUAUCCAAGUUACUUAACCAUUGGUAUCUAAAAAUUACAUUUUUGCUGGUUUACUUCUUCACUUUCCUCCUCUAAAUCUUUCAUCUCUCACUUUAGUUUUACCCUUUUAACAAUCAAUCAUUUCAUUAUUGGUCGAUCUUCUCUUCGCUACCCUGCUCCUCCUUUCGUCUUGGAUUUUUUUUGUGAUACGAUGAUCCUUGGAUUGCCCUUUGCUUGUAUAUAAAAAAAUGUCCUCCGAUUCCUUAUCGAAGAUUAUUACUAAUGAUGUCUCAGUUAAAGUUGUGUCGUUCUAGGAUUUUCCAAUAAUAUCUAGAAUAAUCGAGAUGGUGUUGGUUCGAGGGACAUUAUGUACUUAAAUUCUAUAUAGAUUUUUAUAGAUUGCUACAAAUAAAAUGCUAAAGCGCUUUUUUGCUUCAAUUGCUAUUUUUGAAAUAUAUUUAAGUCGACGUUUCCAUAGUUUAUAAGUUUCGAAUAUUUUUGAAAUUUUGCUCAAUGUUUAAUCAAACCCCACAAUUUUUUUAACGAAGUUAGUAUUAUUACGUUAAAUAUCAAGUAUUCUAAAUUACUAUUAUACAAAAAAUUGUUCUAAAAAUCAUACUGAAAUUUUCAAAAAUUAUUUUUUUUUGUAAUAAUUUAAGUAAUUAAGUGAUAACCUACAUUCCAGUUUACUAUAAUUUGUUAAAGUGUCAAUUUCAGGAUAAAAUUGCUCAAUUUUCACCCUUUGCGGUUAUCAGUACUGAGCUUUAUUUUCGUACUGUUAUAAACUAAAUAUUAUAUUGUUAUUGUAUUAUAUCCGUAUUAAAUUAAAA